AUGAUGGACGCACCUCUCACGUUACUCGACAUCAUGGAGAAAGAUAUUCCGCAUGCUGAGUUCGCGUUUCGGCGUGUCAUACCGCCGCCGUUUUCAGGGUUCAAAAGCGUCGUUGGCACGCUGUGGGAGGUUGACUAUGCUGUCGCAAAACACGUCGUUGAAGCUUUCUAUGAGAAUAUGGCCAAGAAGUUGGGGGAUGGCGAGUUCAUGGACUGUACGAAGGCGGCUUGGGCACUGAACCGUGCUACUCACGCCGUGAAGACGAAGGUGCCGCUCGAGCAGAGGAUGGUUUUCAUACAUAUUGGUGUGUAG